AUGGAUGAUGCCGCGGUCCUAAGGAAGAAGGGUUACAUCGUAGGCAUCAACCUGGGCAAGGGCUCAUACGCCAAAGUCAAAUCUGCCUACUCUGAGCGCCUCAAGUUCAAUGUGGCGGUCAAGAUCAUCGACCGCAAGAAGACACCCACUGACUUUGUGGAGAGAUUCCUUCCCCGGGAGAUGGACAUCCUGGCAACCGUCAACCACCGAUCCAUCAUCAAAACCUAUGAGAUCUUUGAGACCUCCGAUGGGCGCAUCUACAUCGUCAUGGAGCUCGGCGUCCAGGGCGACCUCCUUGAGUUCAUUAAAUGCCGGGGAGCCCUGCAUGAGGAUGUGGCUCGGAAGAUGUUCCGGCAGCUCUCCUCAGCCGUCAAGUACUGCCAUGACCUGGAUGUCGUCCACCGAGACCUCAAGUGCGAGAACCUCCUCCUUGACAAGGACUUCAACAUCAAGCUGUCUGACUUCGGCUUCUCCAAGCGCUGCCUGCGGGAUGGCACCGGGCGCAUCAUCCUCAGCAAGACCUUCUGCGGGUCAGCAGCCUAUGCAGCCCCCGAGGUGCUACAGGGCAUCCCCUACCAGCCCAAGGUGUACGACAUCUGGAGCCUGGGCGUGAUUCUCUACAUCAUGGUCUGCGGCUCCAUGCCCUACGAUGACUCCGACAUCAAGAAGAUGCUGCGCAUCCAGAAGGAGCACCGUGUGGACUUCCCUCGCUCAAAGAACCUGACGGGCGAGUGCAAGGACCUCAUCUACCGCAUCCUGCAGCCUGACGUCAACCGGCGGCUGCACAUUGACGAGAUCCUCAGCCAUUCGUGGCUGCAGCCCCCCAAGCCCAAAGCCAUGUCUUCUGCCUCCUUCAAGAGGGAGGGCGAGGGCAAGUACCGGGCCGAGUGCAAAUUGGACACCCGGCCAGGCUCGCGGCCCGAGCACCGGCCUGACCACAAGCUAGGGGCCAAGACCCAGCACCGGCUGCUGCUGGUGCCUGAGAAUGAGGACAAGAUGGAGGACAGGCUGGCCGAGACCUCCAGGGUGAAGGACCAUCAUGUCUCCGGAGCCGAGGUGGGGAAGGCAAGCACCUAG